CUGAGGCAAAGGGCCGGCAUUCUAAUGCUUCUAUUCGGGUCUUUAAAUAUUCCACAGGAGGUGUUCUUGAACCUGCGAAACUAUACAAGCUGAAGCAUCUGUCGAAAGUGGAAGUCAUAUCGAAUGAUCCAAGUGGAUGUACCUUUAUGCUGGGUUUUGAUAACCUCAGAAGUCAGAGUGUUGCUCCACCUCAAUGGACAAUGCGCAAUGUUGAUGACAGGAACCGGCUUCUGCUUUGUGUCUUAAACACCUGCAAGGAUAUGUUGGGCCGUCUUCCUAAAGUAGUUGGCAUAGAUGUUGUGGAGAUGGCUCUUUGGGCCAAGGUACUUGGUGACGUGAUUUAUUUUUUUUGUCUUCAUGCAUUAAUUGUUUAG